UGAAAACUGUGUUUAGAAAAUAUUAUCAUAAUAAAGUGCCCGUAUAUUGAGAAAUGGUUUCGUUGUGAAAAACCCGACGUCAACAAAUGGGUCAAAAAAUGGAUGACCUGUCACGGAUUCCCGUGAACCAAUGUCCGAAAGUGUUUGUGCAAAGAGACUACACUAAUGGGACACAGCUGGCAUUUACGACUAAGUUUCCACAGGAGUUAGAGGGAAAGAUUGAUGUGCAGACAUUCCAGAAGACGGUAACAAAGCUGAACGCCAUGUACGAGGAGGCUGAGACGUUGAGUGGAAAGACGUACUGUGAGAGCUGCCUGGCUUGUCUUACCGCCUACCUCUCCUACAUCUGUAUUUCCACACAUUACGAGCAGAUGUUGAAGAAGAUUCGUGCAUACGUUAAUGAGCAGAACCAGAAUGUUUAUCAGCCACGGGGGCUCUUGCUGAUUGACCCCGUUGAGAGAGGCCUCAGAGUGCUGGAGAUUUGUAUCCUCACGGAGCAGGCUGGAGGCAGGUGAACACUCCAAGAGGACGCUGCCACAAUCCACAGUUUUUAUUUCACUUCUCUUUGGCAUCAUGAUCAUUUCACUAUCAUAACAACCUCCUUUAUGUAGCUGGUCUCAUCAAUAAUGUCAGUAAAUCAUGUUUACGUACACAUUUAUCAUACAUCAACUCUACAGACUGUGUUACACAAGACAGUGGGCAUUCUGUGGUUCAUUGAGAAGAAUGAACAAUUUCUUUAAGUUAUAACACACAAUUCUUUUUUAGAUACAGUUUUAUUGAAAAAAUCAAUGUAUUUGGAUAUUGGAUAAAAAAAGUUUCAAUCAACUAAAUAUUUAUGCUAUGUGAUGAUGCCUACAAAACUAGAGUUUAUGAAAACCAGAAAAUAUACAAUGUAUGUUAACAAAGUCUAAUACUAUUGUAUACAUCUCAGAGUGAAAUAUUGUAUACAUCUCUAAAUGGAAUUUUGUAUACAUAUGUAAGUGGAAUAUUGUAUACAUCUCUUAAUGGAAUAUUGUAUACAUCUGUAAGUGGAAUAUUGUAUACAUCUCUUAAUGGAAUAUUGUAUACAUCUGUAAGUGGAAUAUUGUAUACAUCUCUUAAUGGAAUAUUGUAUACAUCUCUUAAUGGAAUAUUGUAUACAUCUGUAAGUGGAAUAUUGUAUACAUCUCUUAAUGGAAUAUUGUAUACAUCUGUAAGUGGAAUAUGGUAUACAUCUCUUAAUGGAAUAUGGUAUACAUCUCUUAAUGGAAUAUUGUAUACAUCUCUUAAUGGAAUAUUGUAUACAUCUGUAAGUGGAAUAUUGUAUACAUCUCUUAAUGGAAUAUUGUAUACAUCUGUAAGUGGAAUAUUGUAUACAUCUCUUAAUGGAAUAUUGUAUACAUCUCUUAAUGGAAUAUUGUAUACAUAUGAUCUCUAAAUGGAAUUUAUUUGUUAACAAUUUCAUUUAGAAAAAAUAUCCUGGUGAUUAAACUGGCACACACAUUGAAGUUAAUUGUUUUAAUCAUGUGAUUUAAAUUCAUUUAAUAUAUAAAUAAUAAAUUGAAAAUAAUAAGCUACAUUAUGAAAAACUUUGUGAAUGAACUCAAAACUUAAAUAAGAAUAAGAAACUAUUAUCAGUUUAAAACUGUUGUAUAUUAAAGUAUAAAGGUUGGUAUUGUUUGAACCAUGCACAGCUGAUAUGAUCAUUCUGUGUUGAUGUCUUCUUGUACGAUGUUUGAGUGUUCUCUUUGUUUUUCGUCAACACAUUAACCCCAAAUAUCUGAAUGUUAAACUAGAAGGCGGAGCUUCACAAUGCCAUAAGUAGCGUGUGGAUAAAUAACAACACAAUUCACUAAUAUGCCGGGUAUAGAACAUUUCCCUUGACAACAUGGUACAAAAUAUUUACUCCACUCUCAACCCACGUGAUUGAAGGUAUUUACAUUAAUGCUGAGGCACUGGUGUAUAAUUUCAAUAACUGGGGUUAUGAGUGCCGUAACUAUAUCAUAAUUGUAUUGUACAAAAUCCCUGCUGUUCUGUUGGACUUCUUUUUAAAAAUAAAUACUAUAAACAUGUCUUUGUGUGCACAGAACGUCACCAAAUUUCAAUACUUUGUAUCAAACUAUUGUAUUAUAUGUAAAUUUUAUGUUUCAGUAUGGUAGUACAUGUUUGAAAGUUAUUGUAAAUUCAUUCCUUCUGUCCAUACAAUUUAAGUAAGACUUCGGUAUUAACAAGCCUGAAUUCUAACAUCACUACGGGCUUCAAAAAAUUGUAAAAAACCUGCUUUUUUAUUUUGAGAAUGCCCUGCAAACAUUCUACCCAAAUAGGGCUCGAUAUUAUUGAGACCACUGUGUUUAAUGCACUUUUUUCGCUAAAACAUGUUGAGACUCAUUUAUAAUUUAGAUAAGUUAUCACAAUUGUAAAAUGUUAGUUUUCAAACUGUGAUGUUAUUUUUGUUCUCAAUCAUAUUGUAUAAAGAUGACAGCAAAAUAAAGCAAGAAAAUGUAUCUAUAUAUUUUUUAA